AUGUGCGGAAUAUCGGUAAGAAUUUCACUUCGCUCUUCCAAUGGAAAUGCACCUAAAACACCUGGCGUGGAAGCUAUCAAGGGUCAAUUGGACAGGUCCCUUGACCUGAUUGCGCAUAGGGGUCCGGAUUCAAAGGGGUUCUGGGUCAGCGAGGAUAGCAGUGUUGGAUUGGGUCACUGUCGCCUGUCGAUAGAAGAUCUCUCGGAUGCGGGCAACCAACCCCUCCACAGCAACGAUGGCGGGGUCCACGCCGUUAUUAACGGGGAGAUCUAUGACCAUGAAAGAAUCCGCAAUGAGCUAGAACAGAAUCACGGGUGUCACUUCAAGGGCCACAGCGACUCCGAAGUGGUCGUGGCUUUGUAUACAGUUUAUGGGGCUCCGGCAUUCCUUGAUCACUUGCGAGGUGAAUUCUCCCUAGUUAUAUAUGACCAACGCCAGGGUCGAAUCAUCGCUACACGAGAUCGGUUCGGAAUUAAGCCAUUGUUCUGGACCAUCAUUGACGAGGAAGAUGAACGAGUCCUCCUGUUUGCGACGGAAAUGAAAACAUUCCUCGCGAUGGGCUGGAAGCCUAAGUGGGAUGUGCAAUCGGUAUUCCAAGCGGGUUGGAUCAUUGACGAUCGGAGUCUAUUCAAAGGCGUGAAGAAGCUGAUGCCUGGAUACUGGACGGAAUUAACAUUGCCAGAGGGUCAACUACGCCGUCACUUGUACUGGGAUUCUGACUACAAUGACAAGCGACAAGUGGAAACCCGCACUGUCGAGGAAAUGAUUGAGGGUGUCCGCGAGAAACUAAUCGAAGCAAUCCGUCUACGUCUACGAGCAGACGUCCCCGUUGGUAUCUACCUCUCAGGGGGCAUCGAUUCCUCCCUGAUUGCCGGUAUUGUGGCAAAAUUGGCCCAGGAGGAAAAUGUUACGCUUGGUAGCAAGAGAGGACAAGUCACUUGCUUUAGCAUUGAGUUCCCUAACUCACCAUUGGAUGAAUUUGAUGUUGCCAAACGAACAGCAGAUUGGUUGGGGGUUGACAUAGUCAAGUGCAAAGCAGACGAAGCAGCCUUUGCAGAGCACUUCGAAAAUUCAGUUUACCACUGUGAAUAUCAAACCUUCGACUUGGGCCCUACCGGAAAAACAAUGCUGUCUUCCAUCCCACGAGAUGCCGGUUUCAAAGUUGUCUUGACUGGUGAGGGCUCAGAUGAGCACUUUGCUGGAUAUCCAUUCACGCCACGGGACUUUCUACUCGAGCCUGAUCUCUCCUGGCCGACUUCAACGUUGACCCAAGACACUGAGCGUCUCAAUCAAAUGCAACGAGCAGCCGCAGAACUUUUCGACCGCCAAGUUGCUGCUCUAGGCGUCAAAGGCGAGAAGUUUAGAUGGGAUGAGACCUGCCGGGGUUACCACCAGGCCAACCGAGUUAACAUUCCCAAUACCCUUUUGGGUAUGUCUGGUGCAACAUUCCCAAUGUGGGCGCCUUGGGUGGUCGAAAAAUGGUCCAGGUUUGACCUUCGGGAAACAGUGAUUAGAGCCAUGUCUCCAGCUGCGCGCGAGAAGAUCUUGAACCAGUGGCAUCCUCUGCAUACAUCGUUGUACAUCACUACAAAGACGUUUCUAAACAACUAUCUUCUCGUCUCUUUGGGCGAUCGAACAGAGAUGGCACACAGUAUCGAAGCUCGUCCGCCAUUUCUCGAUCACAAUCUUGUCGAAUAUGUCAACCGACUUCCGCCUAGUCUUAAGUUACGGUGCACAUCUGAUCUGGAUUCUAACACAGACCAGCAGGAACAGGAGCCACAGUUAAUCGAAAAAUGGAUCUUACGCGAGGUCGGGAAACCGUUUAUUCCAGAGGAAAUCUACAAACGCAAAAAGCAACCGUAUUUGGCUCCUGUCAAAUGGCCGCAAAACGGGCCCCUCCACCAAAUGUUCCAGAGACUGUGCACCAAAGAAGCAAUUGAGAAUCUCGGAUUCGUGAGCUGGGCCCCGAUCGAACGGGCGCUGCAACAUGCAUUCGGACCCGACGCGGACCAGGGACUGUUCCGGUUACUCGUUUGUGUCGCGGGCUGGGUUGUGCUCAGCCAGCGGUUCGGGGUUGAAAAGGCCACGGAGGCGGAGUGGGCGGAUUCUCCGUUGUAUGACCCUUGGUGCGACUUUUGA